AUGCUCCCCGCCAUUCUCACCGCCCUCGCCCUCCUCGCCUCGACCACCACCGCGCGCUUCCUCGUCCCGCAGCCCAAGCCGGCUGUCAAGCCGCGCGACGACACGUAUUUCCAGAUCAACUACUACUCGGACUCCUCGUGCCAGAACUACGUCGCCGAUUUCGCCGGGUACAUGUCCAGCCCGUUCGUGUACUCCGGCGACGGCGGCGGGAUCUACGCCGGCUCCUUCAUCGUCGUCAACAUGGGCACUUGGACCCAGACGCUCGACGUUAACGGGCAGACCGUGUUCGACAUCUCGGGGUGCCCGAGUGGCAGCUCGGCCCCGAACCAGAUCGGCGCGUGCUUCCCCCUCGGCGUGAGUGUCGGCGCCGAGUCUGUCCAGUACGGCUCGUGCAAUAUGCCAAUGUCGUCCACCGUCAUCCUCCCGCGUACGUGGGCCACCCUCCCGACCGGUCUGGCUGGUUAG